AUGCCCCCCAUCACAGGCUCCAAUAUCCUGGUCAUCGGCGGCUCAUCUGGGAUCGGCGCAGCAGUAGCAACGCUGGCCGCCGCUGAGCAAGACGUUACCGUCUCAAUCGCUUCGUCGAAUUCCUCGCGUGUCAAAAGGACAAUAGAGCGAAUCCAGACAGCCGCACCAAACGCGCAAAUCAAGGGGUACACGGUGGACGUUGGCGGGGACGACGCCGAGGCACAGCUCACACAACUACUGGCAGAGGUGACAGCAGCAACGGGGCGGCCCCUCGAUCAUAUCGUCUAUACAGCCGUCAGGUUGCAGUUCAAAUUCCUCCACGAGGUGACCGUCGACUUCCUGCGGGGCGAUUCCCAGUUUUUAGUUAUCGUCCCGCUACUCAUUGCGAAAACUGCGCCAGCUUACAUGUCAAGGAGCUACCGCUCGUCUAUUACCUUUACGAGUGGCCGCAUUGCAGAGCGGCCCAUGAAGGGGGCGGCGGCGCUGGCGGGUUGGGGAUCGGCCUUGCUUGGAAUCACGCGUACACUGGCCCUGGAUUUGGCGCCUAUCCGGGUGAAUGUCGUUAGUCCUGGGACGACGGAUACGGAGAUCCAGGGCUCUGGCGAGGAGCGGGCGAAGAGGAUGGCGGCCGAGGCGGAGAUGGCGCUUCUGGGGAAGGUGGGGGCGCCUGAGGAGGUUGCGGAGGCUUAUCUGUACCUGAUGAAAGACUCGAACAAUACGGGCUCGUGUGUGAGUACCAGUGGCGGGUAUUUGGUGCAGUAG